AUGAGCAGAGCGCUUAUACCGGACCAUAUCGCCAAUAGCUUCCGAGAAGAUGCUCCCCGUCCCCCGGUCCCGGGGGAGGAGGGCGAGGCGCUGCCGUGCUACCCCGGCAAACUCGCCAUGAUGAGACCCCAGGGUACCGCGGUCAAAGCGCUUUUGCUCGCGCCUCCCGGUUCCACUGCGAAGAGGAAUGAGGAUGGACUUGGUGAACCCGAGGGGAGCGCUUCACCGGAUUCGCCGCUAGCCCGGUGGACCAAGUCGUUGCAUUCUCUUCUUGGGGACCAAGAUGGUGCUCAUCUUUUUAGGACAUUCCUGGAGCGCGAGAAAUGCGUCGACACUUUAGACUUUUGGUUCGCCUGUAAUGGUUUCAGGCAGAUGGACCUCAAGGAUACCAAAACGCUGCGAGUCGCCAAAGCUAUUUACAAGCGCUAUAUUGACACCAGCAGCAUAGUGGCCAAGCAGCUCAAGCCUGCGACCAAAACCUUCAUUCGGGAUAAUAUCAAGAAGCAACAGAUUGAUUCAUCUAUGUUCGACCAGGCACAGACUGAGAUCCAGACCACCAUGGAGGAGAGUGCCUACCAGAUGUUCUUGACCUCGGACAUUUACCUAGAGUAUGUGAGGAGCGGGGGCGAGAACCCUGCUCAUGUGAACCCUAACGGGCUAGGUAGCCUGAAGCUGGUGUGUGGGUACCUGCCCACCCUGAAUGAGGAAGAGGAGUGGAGUUGUAAUGAUUUCAAAGCCAAAGCGCUGGCUUCUGUGGUUGGACUUUCUGCAAAGGCGCUGAGGGCAACAGUGUCUAUGAGGAUGGUGGAGGUGAUGGAGAAGGGGUACAGGUAAGACACUGGUCCCUUCCUAUUUCACAUACUAUAGCCAACUAGUAGGGGAAUGUUGGGGAAUGCAGUGACUAGCCUAGUGUGAGUGGUUCUUUAUUGUAAGUCAUGGAUAAUAACUAGGAUAUAACAUCAAAAGAGCAUAUACUGUCUCAAAAUAGACAGUUUCCAGAUGCGUUUUCAUCUCACCUUGCUUGUGUUAGCUUGUUGUGGGAGAUGAGAUACCUUACACACACACACUCUCCCCCUCUCGGUCUCUCUCUCUCUCUCUCUCUCUCUGAAGGAUAAAUGUUGUUCUCUAGACUCAGAGUGCAGCCCUCUGCUGGCGCGCAGCUCUGCUGGCUCGCCUCGGUUUCCGGAGCUUUGAAAUAGUUCCGCAGAUAGAGGGAUCGUCUUCCACGGGAAGUUAACAGAGCACGUCUGGCCCUGGCCUCGGCCCCAGCCUGUCAGCCAAUAAUACAUGAUGCCACUGCUCUGCUAUGCUGUGCCUCAGCCACACACUGCUUUGGCAAUUUCUAAGGAUAGGGAAUACAUCUCAUUUUAUCUCGAACAUGACCAAUAGUAGGCUAGUCAUUCGAAAUGUUCAGAGCCACUUCAGAGCAGUGGUUUGGUUUCACUUAUCUGGAAUUCAUGGUCAUAUGUGUAUUUAUACAUCUCAGAUAUCCAAUGAGUGAAAAGGGAGUGGUGUUUUGCAGAGUGUAGACCACAUAGCUACAGGUGAAUGUUUAUUCAUAUCAUGCAUACCUCAGUUGUAUCCUUCCCUUACUGCUCCUAUAUAAACAUAGAUUGUAUUUACCUUAUCUUAAUGGGAGUGAAAUAUGACAACUUACUAAUGUGUUAAUCCAACAAGCCAUUGAUUAGCUGGCCUGUAUAUGGAUGAGGGUAGCAGUAGGACCUGAAUCAGCUGAUGAUGCCCAACCCAAGGCCUGAUGGUUGUCCUGAAUCAAUGGCCGUGGACUUGUCAGACGGACCAGUUAAGUUGAACAUUUCUAAAGAGGGAGUCUAUCAGGCUGUAGAGCCCCGGUGCCAGACUGGUGUUUGGCCUGCAGGGAGGGGAAUUGGGCUACUUUUGAGUGGUUUUGGCUGGAUUUAGGCUCUGAUUGGCCUAGAAAGUGUCAAUAGAAUCUGGCAACACACUAUAGGGGAGGGACCUUGAAGAUCAUGUGUUGACAACCGAGCCUGCCCCAUAGGAGGAUUAAGAAGGACAUGGGUUCGUAUCCCAGUGAGGCAUCAGUUCAGACCGAUCUCCAAUAUUCCAUCACCUGGUUAGAUGGUCUUGUUCUGGUUUUUAAUCAGAAUGACAGGGAGUCAGGGCCACCCCUCUACCUCCCUCUGUAGCUGCUUCCUCUCCCUGGCAUGUGGAACUCAUUUCUUCCUCCUCUUCUCCCUGAAUCAGAUUAUUCACAAAAACCACAGAGCCACGACAGCAGACUCAUUCUCUAUUUUUCGCUGUUUUCUUAUCUCUCGGUCUCUCUGUCCUGUGAUUCUCCUCUGAUUUCCCCCAUUCUCCUUUUUACUCUCUCUUUCUUCCCCACUUAUCUCUCCUUUUGAAAACGCUGGGAUGUGGGGAACUAGGCGUACUUUAGAGGGAGAGAGAGUGGAAAGGAAGGCCAGAAAGGGGUUGUGGUGGGGACUGGGAAGGGGGGGGGGGGGGGGGGGGUCUCCUCAUGAAAGAAAGCAAAAGAAUGAAUGAGGGGGUGAGAGAGGGAGGGAAAUAUGUGAGGCCAGCUGUGCUAAAUACCUGAGUGUUUGCAAGCCCCUCUGAAGGUCAGGUUGGAGCUGGGGCCUAUGGCUUUAGUCAUGCUGGGCCCCUCUCUCUCUUCCUCUCUACCCCUCUCCAACUCUCUCUCUCUCUCUCCUGCCAGUGGGCUGCUCAUAAACAAGAGGCCCUUCUCCCCCUUUACUCUCCUUUCUUUCCUUUCCCUACACACUCACGCUUCCUCUCUUUUUUCUUCCCCCUCUCUCUUCCCUGCCCUGGCUGUGAGCUCAGGUUCUCUCUCUCCCUCCCCUCCUCCUCUUCUCUCAUUCCCCCAUUUCUUAUUUUCCUCUGCUGGGGCAAGAAUGCAUCACAGCAGGAGGAGAUGGGCUAUGAAGCAAGAGUAAUUUUUUUGUUUAGUUUAUUUCACUUUUGUUUAUCUAUUUCACUUGCUUUGGCAAUGUAAACAUAUGCUCCCAUGCCAAUAAAGUGAGAGGGGGAUUGGCCAGUUUUAAGGCCAGUAUGACUAUGGUAGUACUAGCAAUGGGCUACAGCAGCCAAAGCCUCAAACGCAGGCCUCUUAUAGGGUGUCCAGAGAGGGAAGUGUCCUGGUCGCCCUAGACGUUUACUUACUUACACACGCACACACAGCUGUGCCACUCUCCCCCCUGCUCCCUCACCCCAGGGGGAGGGGAGGAGGGGCAUGAAGCCCCCCCCCCCCCCCAGAGAGAGACCCUGUCACAUUCCUCAGGCCCUGUGUGUAGUGGAACUCAAGUCAUUACUGUCUGAGACACACGCACACACUGGUGUUGUCACGAUACCAGUAUCGCCAUACUAGGAAUCAAUAUCAAACAACAUGAAGCGGACUACAUUUCUUGAGGAACACGGUCCUAAUGUUGAAAAAACAGCCUUAUGUUGUCACCGAGCUUCACGUUUGUUUUAUUUGUGCAAGCUGUAGCACAUCAUAUUUUACAAAAGUAGGUUUUAAAGGACCAUAGAUUUUAGUCUGCUUCAUGUUUUCUUUUUUUGCCAAGGAAAAUCUGGUAUCGAGUAUCACGAUACUGGUAACGUGACAACACAAACACACACAAAAACACACACAAAAGGACUAGUUUCAAGUUUGGCAGCAUAGGUCCCCAAAUAUCUACAACCCAGUUACACUUAUUUCACAAGAAGAUAAAUGAACACCCUUAGCCCCGUUUUAAACAUAUGAAAGGUACUCUUGUGUAUCUGAUUUAUUGCUACCCGAAACAUGUAUUUAAACUGCAUUGUCCUGUGUGUGUGUAGGUCCCACAGGCGAGGGGACCCGGUCAACCCGUACCAUGUGGGCUCGUUUGCCCCCGCCACCAGCACCAACGACAGCGAGGUGUCCAGCGACGCCAUGACAGACGACUCCAUGUCCAUGACCGACAGCAGUGUGUAAGUAGAGGUUAACUCUUUAAAAAGUGUGUGUGUGUUUGCUGAGGGAAAUGACUGAAGCCUCUCUGGUUUGGAGUAUACUGAUGGUUACUAUUGUGGGAGAGUGUCAUGGGAAGUAAUGUUUGGAAACGUUCUGGGAAAGAGUUUUGAUUAGCCUCUUAGCCGAACCUGAACAUUGUUUGUGGUUUCCCUGACUUGUCCUUGUCUCUGUGGGGGCGAGAGGCACAACUGGUCAUGGGAACCUUAACACUAACUCAUGGAGACUAUUCAAAGUGUAUGGAAAGAGUUUUUGUUGCACAAACUGAGCCUGUCAUCGGAAGCUAGCUCCUCUUUGAUGGGGUUCUAAGGAGGUUCUCCGGUUCUAGGCCUCGGUACAGCUCACCUGGAACUCGCACUGUGUCAGGAUUAGGGAACCCUCUUGUGACCCCGAAUCCACACACACACACAGUCCUACUAGGGGAUGAGAGAAUAGGAGCCUGCCCUGCAUGAAAGGAGCCCGGCUGUUCCUCCUGACACCUCAAAGGCCUGCUGGCCAGAGUAGAGCCAGACCAGGGACAGGAGAGCAUCUAGACCUCAUCCCCAGCCUAGCCUUGGCUCUAACCAUUAGGCUACACCCCAGUCCAGCCCUCCUUAGGCCCUAGACCCCAGCCUUACAACACAGGCUCCAGCCCCAUUCCCCAGUACAGUAUGUUUGGAGUCUGUUUAGAGGAGAAGUGUUGCCAUGGUGGGAGAGAUGAGAUGAAGUCUUAGUUGAGUCAUGGCUGUAGUUUCUCCUCAUGACACAUGACCGUAAUCAGAGACGCAAGAGAAAGCAAUACAUUUCAUGAGCUCCUUUUCUCUGGUUCAUAUACAGUCAAUGAACUAAGUAGACCAGACCCAGCUGCUAAUGCAUUAGUGCCUAUGGGAGAGCCACCCCUUAAGUAGACUGGAACUGUGACCCUUUCUUUCAAUGGUAAACAGCUUUUAUGGGAUAUCUUCAAUUAUCACCCAUCUUUGACAAUAAUGUCAUCUUAGUCAGCUGUUUAGGAUGACCUUGGGUCAUUUGGUCUCAUGACACACUUAUGACCGGAAUUGCUAACUGGCAAACCGUAGUCCCUGUGAAUCACGACCUAGCUAAAGAAUCCUGUAUGGAAUAGAAAUAACUUUUAUUUUACAGCCAAGGGAGUGGUUUAAAAGGUUUAGUAGAAUAUGGCAGCUAUAAAGAGUUUAUGAUACGAGUCUGUAACUUUCUGACCGGUGUAUCUAUCCAGACGGGCCUAAUCAAAGCACUGGUAUAGAGCCUAGCCCUUGAUAGUACAGGCCUAGUAUCCUGCACGUACUUUGAGCCCGACGACAGAGACGAGAGCCUCCAAAGCCAUACAAACGCUCUCCUCAUUUAAGAUUAGAAUGUCUCUGUCUUUAUUUUACAUAUACGUUUUAGUCAUUUAGCAGACGCUCUUAUCCAGAGUGGCUUACAGUUAGUGAGUGCAUACAUUUUCAUACUGGCCCCCCGUGGGAAACGAACCCACAACCCUGGCAUUGCAAGCGCCAUGCUCUACCAAGUGAGUUACAGGGGACAGUGCUGCCCAGCCCUUUUAUGAUGGUUAAAAGGGCUGGGCAGCACGCCCAAAAUUUAAAUCUCAUUUCUAGAUAAAGAAAAUAAAAGAGGGUGGGGGUUUGCUUAUAUCUUAUUUAUGGAUUUGCUUGGAAGCUGGGGAAUGCAGCUGCGCAGACUUCAAACAUUACCUUAUCUCACAAACCAGCCUUUUGAUGUGGGGAGAUCAGAGGCAGGCUUGCCAAAUGAAGACUGGAGCAGUUCGAAGAGGGGAGGGGGCAAAGCCAUGACUGUGGGAUUUCAAAGCUUUGAAAGCAGCAGUGAGACAAGCGGCAGGCGGGUGCGCUACUCUCUCGGCUAGGCUAGGUCACUGAGACACUGCAGUUUAUAGGGCAGGCUCGGCUGGCCCGGUAGAGAAACACUGGCUUUUUCUCUAGGUUGCUUGGUGUGAACGAAGUGCCUUAAGGCAAUACUAGAUCUGACAGAGUUGUAUUUUGACUAGGUCAGCCAUAGGCAUGGUUAAGAGCUCUGUGUGGAUUGGAUUGGCUAGGCUUGAUAGGCCCUAUACUAUGAUUGCAGAAUGUAUAUGGAGGGUGAUCUGAGAGGAGAGAUUUGACUGAUGUUUUAUUAGCCUACAUGUUAUGAUAAUUUCCCCCCUGUAGGACUGACACUUUGAUCAGUGGGUUUGUGUGUGCACGUUCCAAACAGUAUAGUUUGCUUCUAGACUAGUCAUUUCAGUGUAAUUCCAGGGCAAGUCAAUGGCAGGAUGCUAAUGCUAACUUUGUGUGUACUGCUGGUGAUUAAUGCUAACAGCUAAAGCCUGGCACAGCGCUAUGAGAGGGCUGAGUGAUCCUUUCUGGGCUCAGUUAAAAGGAAGUGCAGGGGUGUGUGGUGAAGUGCCCACUGCUCAGGGAGCCAUGGCUGGAGAUGAGUGUCAGUUUUAGGGCAGAUGAAAUCCCCUACUCUGUCAGAAACACAGACCUGAGCCCUAGCAGAAACCCUAUCCAAUGUUCACCUCUUGCUCACUACACCUCAGAUUCAGAAUUGACCUGAAAUAUAUUGUAAUUUUUUAUCUGGGUUAAAUAGGGGGUGAUUGAAUAGCUAUUAGGUGUCCAAUGAGCUGCUUCCUGGUUGGGUGUGUGUUGCUGUGUCUGAUUGAUUGGCUGUUUGACCUAUGUAUCCUGUGUGUUUCCCUGACAGAGAUGGCAUCCCUCCCUACAAGCUGGGCUCCAAGAAGCACCUGCAGAGAGAGAUGCAGCGCAACAUGAGGAUGAACAGCCAAGUCUCCCUACCUGCCUUCCCUGUAAGUAUACACACACACACAGCCAAUGUCCCACUUAUUAGUGCUUUUCAGUAGUGCAACAUCCAUUUCCAUGGGCUAUUCAGGUCUGCUCUUCUAUGUAUAGUACCACCAACUCUAUUCCACUUCUUCCAUUGACAACAACAAAGAUCUGAGAGCAAAGCAGAAGUCCAAGUUCAACCCCCCACACACCACCCCUCGCUAACUUUGGUGUAACCCACACCCCUGUUGGGUUCCUUGAAGUCUGCAGGAGACUGUUUCUAAGCUGUUUAUCCGGUGCAUUCUAAAGACCCAGUCUCUUCUCUUCACACACUGAUGAUGCAAAUAUACACAGAAUGGAGAGAUGGGGGAGAUCUCCCUCUCUCUCUCCCUCUCGCGGCUUUAUCUGGAGGCUCUAGAAUCAACCGCUGCUCCUCCACAAACACAAACACACACACACACACACACACACACACAGCGCUUUGAUCAGAGGAUGAAUGGAGCAAGCGCAGAGGAAAGUGACAACUUCCAACAGCGCUUGUCCCCCUUUUUUCCCUCCACAACACCCCCCCCCCUCCCUCGUUCAGCCUGCACCCCUCUCCCCUAAAACGAGGGAACUGAGGGAAGAGUUGGAGUGUGUCAUGUGAGGGUCAGGGGGGAGUUGGUAACUGACUGGCUUUGGAAAGGCCAAAAGAAAGGAAAGAAGAGAGUUGGAGAGGGGAGACAUGGGAAAAUGAGUUUUGGGAUGGCCGAACUAGCAACAUCAGUAGCUAGUUGAAUCAGAAUUUGUGACCCCCUUUUCUUCUCCACCCAAUUGUAUGCUUUCUUAAGAGAGUCCGAGAUGGAAGCUUCUCUCUCCUUCUCUUUGUGCUCUUUCACACUCCCUUUCUCUCUCUCCUUCUUUCUUCUUCUUGUUUUUGUUUCCCCUCUGAUUGGGUGAUAGCUGCCAUUCCCAAGAUGCAGCAGGAGCCUCAGGACGCAUGGGCCGGGCAGACAGACUGUCUCUCUCUCUGUCUUUCUUCUCUCCCUUCAUCUCUACUACAAAGAGAUGGGAGGAACAUAAAGAGAGGAAGAGAAGAAGAAAUCCCCAGUGCAAAAAUGACAAUGAUAAAAUAACAGACACACAUAAGAGGAAUAUUGACUCUACUGUACCUCAGAGGUGCCCAGCAUGCAACAGGGAAAUAAAUGACCCCUGCUCCUCUCUGAUUUCCCUCCAUCCCUCUCUCCCUCCCCUGCUGCCUGCACACAUCUCCCCAUCUUCUCCUCCUUUUAAUCCUCCCUUUCCUUCUCCUUCUUCUUCCCCCCUGUCGAUAUGUGACUUUUAUUCCUAGAUGUAAAGCCACUGCCCCCCACCCCCCUUCUCCCUCCCUCCCCCUAGUGAGUGUUUGAUAUUUGACGAGGGCCCUUUGAAGUGUACAGACUUCAGAGGGGAAGCGCUGAUGGCUUGGUUGCACUACAGAGGGAAGACGCAGAGAGCCCAGGCUCCAAGGAGUGUGACCAACUGCCACCACACACCCAAGGCCCAGGGGCGGGCACUGCCAGGGGUGGAGGGGGCACGGGGGCAAGGAUGGGAUGGCUAGUGGGGAGGGAGAGGGCUCAGGUGGAAGACAGACACCGACCCCUCCUUUAACUGUGUUACAGCUCUUGUCUUAUCUCUCUCUCUCCGUCUCUCUCCUUCCCGCUCUCCCUCCGUAGCGGACGCGGAGAUGUCCUAAGGAGAUGACUCCGGUGGAGCCGGCAGCGUUUGCUUCUCAGCUCAUCUCUCGUCUGGAGCGGCUGAAGAGAGAGCAGGAGACCAUGAGCUCCCUGGAGGAGAGGCUGCAGCAGAUACAAGAGGUGUGUGUCUGUGUGGAUGAACUAGUAGUUGGCUUUAUAGAUGUGGGAAUCCUUAUCUGAAAGAGGUCUAUGGCAAUGUUCUAAUUGUUUCCUUAAAUAAAGGUUUUAAAAAAAAAGGUGUGUAAUUCAAUGCCGUUCUUCUUCCCUGACCAUGUUUGUCAUUGAGAUCUCUGCUAACCUAACCGUUCUGUUCUCGCUGUGUGUAGGAGGAGGAGAGGGACGAGGCCGAGGUUCCCGGCAGUAGUGCCCCCCUGCUCUCCCCCCACCCCCUGUCCCUCCUGCCCACCGGCCCCAACGAUGAGGACCCCCAGGCCAUUCUGGACGACCACCUGUCCCGCGUCCUAAAGACCCCUGGCUGCCAGUCCCCCACCACCGUGGCCCGCCACUCGCCCCGCUCCCGCUCUCCAGAGCACAGGACUCUUUCCCGUGGAGGCCCUGGUCUCAAGCCCCUGGUCUCACCUGGGGCCUCCAGUGGCUCCUCCAGCUUAGGGGGCUUCUCGGUAGGUUUCACCCCAGGAAGGGCCCUCGCCCUGGGCAGACCCAGCAGCAGCACCAAGCACAUCCACCACCACUACAUCCACCACCACGCCGGUUCCAAGAGCAAGGAGCAGAUCGAGAGAGACGCGGCCCAGAGGGUGUUGUGUCUGUGCCCCGUGCGGUCUGAAGGGGCGGAGGUGGGUCCCCCGUACCCACGCAGUCGCAGCCUGGGCAGGGAGAUGGAGUCAUGUGGCAGAGUAGAGUCCAACAUGGGACGCUCCAGUUCCCUGUCUCGAGGGGGUUGUCGGUCAGGGGCUGAGGAGGAGGCAGCAGAGGGGGGUGAGGUCGUGCCCCUCCAGCUACCCAGCGACAGUACAGACCGCUCCCAGAACGUGUGGCAGUGGAUCCUGGAGAGUGACCAGCAGGGCAAGCACCACAAACCCCACAGGUAGGGCAGUCUCUCCACUUCCUGUUGUAGUCCUCUCCCAAUGCCUCAGAACUACAUUUCCCAUCACUUGUUUUCCUUUCACUGCAACUUACUUAUUGUAGUCCUCUCAGUACAUUUAAACUAAAUUCUCAUCACUUCGUUUCACAAUCACAUCCCAUAGUCAUUUACGUACAUGCAAAGUACGUUUCACACCAUUCCCCACAAUUGGCCCCUCCCACUUCCUUCCAUUCUCCAUGCUGAUUGGCUGUUUUUGUCUUUGCCCCACAGUACCCAGAGCACUAAGAAGGCGUAUGGUGGCGGAGCGGCGUCCAACCAGACACACACGUGGGGCGGCGGGGGCGCCAGCGCCCAUCUCCGUGCCCACAAGCCCGCCCACCCCUUCAUCCAGGACCCGGCCAUGCCCCCACUGCCCCCGCCCAACACCCUGUCCCAGCUGGAGGAGGCCUGCCGCAGACUAGAGGAGGCCUCCGUCUCCAAACCCCCCAAGCAGAGGUACGAGCCGCACCCCCCACCCCCCCGGACACACACUACAAUGAAGAUGUUGAAACUUUCACUAAAACGUUGGUGAUAGUUUUCCCUGUAGACAGUGGAGUGCUAAGCUGUCUGUGUGUCCCUGUGUGUGCAUAUUGACACUCCCAUGCAUUGAUCAGUUGUUUUACUAUACCAUUGUGAUUCCUACUGUGUUGAAACCUGUCUGUGGUUAGAUGGUAUAUGUGUGAUGCAAGAGACGGUACCACCACAUUGUACUGUAAUAACAUUCUUCUAUUGUUUUCUGUUCUUCCCCACCAGACACUCUACAUCCAGUCUCCAGAGAGAGAAGAGCCACCCUGUGCCUGUCCAGAGUGGGCCCUGUCCAGCCUCAUCCCCCCCUGGUCCCUGUCCAGUACCGUCCCCCCUCAGCCCUGCACUCACCCCUGGUCCCUGUCCAGUACUGUCCCCCCUCAGCCCUGCACUCACCCCUGGUCCCUGUCCAGUACUGUCCCCCCUCAGCCCUGCACUCACCCCUGGUCCCUGUCCAGUACCGUCCCCCCUCAGCCCUGCACUCACCCCUGGUCCCUGUCCAGUACCGUCCCCCCUCAGCCCUGCACUCACCCCUGGACCCGGCCCUGAUGCUUCUCUCCAAACAGAAGAGUACGCAUCUCCUCUCUCUGCUCCUCCUCUUCAUCUCCUCUCCUUUCUCUCCUCCUCCUCCUCUCUUUCCUCCUCCUCUCCUCCCUCUGUUCCUCCUCCUCCUCUCCUCUCUCUGCUCCUCCUCCUCUACUCCUCCUCCUCCUCUCCUCUCUCUGCUCCUUCUCCUCCUCUGUUCCUCCUCCUCCUCCUCUCCUCUCUCUACUCCUCCUCUCCUCUCUGUUCCUCCUCUCCUCUCUCUACUCCUCCUCCUCUCCCUGCUCCUCCUCCCCUCUCUCUACUCCUCCUCUCCUCUCUGUUCCUCAUCCUCUCCUCUCUCUACUCCUUCUCCUCCUCUCCUCUCUCUGCUCCUCCUCCUCCUCCAGUGUUCUUCAUCGUUUUCUAACUCGUAAUACUACUCCUCUGUGCUCUAACAUGAUAUUAUAUGUGUAGGAGGGAGGGAGGAAGAUAUGCAUGUCACACACACAUGUGAAGUUCCAGCCUUGUCUGCUUCUUUUUCUUUCCCGCCUCCCUGAUCUCUCUUUGUGUGUGUGUGUGUGUGUGCAGCGUGCAUGUGUGUUGUAGUCCUUGCCCCCUGACUGCAGAGCCUUCUUUCAUGGUGCUGAAUUGACUGACCUUCAGAGAGCAGCACUAGAACUGAACAGGCCCUAGUUAGCCUCCCUCCCUCUGAUGUAAUGCUACAAAGCCUUGGACAUGGCUGAGGGGGAGAGGAGAGCACACACACACACACACACACACACACACACACACCCUCCUGUGACUUGAGUAACAUCGGGUGUGUGUUACACUGUGUCGUUCACUCCCCUCUCUCUCUCCUCUUUCUAGACAGAUGUUCUCUACUCUCUAGAUCAUAUACCAGCCUUUGCUCCUGCCCUGGUCCCCUUCCAGCUACUACCCACCAAGCAUGCUUUUUAAUAAUAAUUGUAUAUAGGGGAAAGUAAGUGUGUUCACACCUCUCUCCUCUCUCUCUCCCCCUCAGACUGAGAGAGAGCAACAGGGUUCAGCAGCAGCAGGUGGCAACAGGCUGCCAUGUUGCUCCAGCCAUGGGUAGUGAGACAGAGGUAACCUACUUCUUCUGUGGUGAGGAGAUCCCCUACCGUAGGAGGAUGAAGACCCACAGCCUCACACUGGGACACUUUAAAGAACAGCUCCGCAAGAAGGGACACUACAGGUAUGGAGACAGGCUAUUAUGGACACACACACAUUAAUGCACGCACACACACACACACAUAUACACAGUCUGACAAUCUCACACACUAGGUCACUAUUAUGAUCAGCUUGGUAAGAAGGGGGCACCCAAAAAGUGUCUUCAUAGCUCUCCUCCCUAGCUGGUAGGGUCAUUAGAAACUCUAUCACAACUCUAUUCUGUUGGGCUGAAUGCUCACAUUGUCUUCAUACUCUGUGUGUGUUGUGUGCAAAGAUAUGCCUGAGUUUGUGGUUAAAAUGAAGGAAGAGGAGUGAAUGAGAGACGGGGGGGUUUGCAGGAAAGAAGAGAGGGAGGGAGAGAAUUUGAAGUGGGGAGUGUUUUGGGUCCCAUCUGGUAUUGAUUUCCAUGGCAAGGCACACUUAAUACGCACGCCUUUGAACCCGGCCCCUUUCAUUUCAACCAACAAAGACUCACACAAAUGGCCAGCCUUGCAAAUUCCUCACCGAUGCUAUCAGGCAGCCUGCCUUAAAGACACACACACACUGAAGUACACACACACACACAUAGAAUAACACGCACUGAAGCGCAUCGGCAUCAUUUUCUGGGAUAUUUAUUAGUCAUAUUUCAUGCGUAGUUUGUUUGAAUGUAUAACUGUAAGUCGCUCUGGAUAAGAGCGUCUGCUAAAUGACGUAAAUGAAUGGCACAUCGUUAAAUGUCGGCCAAGCUUGUUUGGGAUACUACGGGCUUGGUCACUAUUAGAGGUAUCUCCAACAGUUUAGAUGAUAACUCUGUUGUUCCAAUGUGCUCUGGAUUACAAGAAUGGUAUCAAGAGUCAAGCAUUGGUUCAUAACUAGUACAGAAUGAUGGUUUGUAGAGAUAUGAUGGUAAUGCAUCACGUAUUCAGUUUCUCUUUUAGGCCAUGGAGCAAGGGAACACUCUAGGGCUGUAGCUCGGGUCCAGAGUUUUUCCUGGUCAGGUCACGUGGAACCUAGGUCUUAGGCGUGAAAAGCAUGGAUGCAUAGUGUACAUUCACUCUCUCUCUUGUCUAUGUAGUUGAUUAUCUUGUUUCUCUCUCAAACCAUUCACAUUGUUAGAGGGGGAUUCAAAGCUUAUGGUUUUAAUAGCAGUAGCAGGGAGAAGGAGGGGGGGGGAGAGAGAAUGUGUGGAGUUGGGUCAUUUGAACAUGGCUUGCGUUCAACAAAGAACAGUAUGGCCCAGCCCUGCCAGACAAUAUUGCUGCCAGAUGUUGCACACUGAAAACUCUCUGCCACAUAAAACAUGUUCCAAUGGAAAUACUUAUUUCUCUCGCGCUCUCUCUCUCGUUCUCUCUAUCUCUCUCUCCAUUUCUCUCUCUCGUUCCCUCUUUGAGCAAAUAAGAUCUGUGCUCCUUUGAAGUUUUUUGGAGAAGGAUAGAGCCCCUUCUCCCUCCCUCCCUUCUCAGAAAUAAGGCUCCAAUUAUCUGGCUGUCUUAGUUUCUCUUUCAUGUCCUCUUAUUUACCCAGUUCAUACUUGGCUCGCCAGAGAACAAUUGAUUAUUUCCCCAGUCAGAGUAUUAUUAUUUUUCUGAUUUAAUAGAAGCUGUAUGUGAGACCCCGUUGCACCCCCGUUUAGUGAAGUCUUCCUGUGUUUCAAAUGGAGACUGGUUUUUAUUAGUGAACACCCUUUUCUGUAUGUGUUUGCGAAAAGUUUUAAAAAAAUAUAUACUUUCCCCAAAUCUUUAUGACUUUGUCAGCCCCUCUUGUAAAACACUAGCUUUAGGAAUUCCAAGGCGCAGAACGUGCACCACCCCACACAAAAUGAGGCAUUUUUCCAUUACAGAGUUAAUGGCUGAGGUAUACAGCACUUACCCUUCCUCCCCUGCUGGUUCUUCUUCCUCUAAAAUGAAGGAAGGUAGUUUUUGGGGGGGGGGGUAGAGGUGGUCAUUAACAGGGCCAGUGUAGUCAUCAUGGCUGAUGGGAAGAGGCGAGGACCCCCUCAGGUGGUUGGCCGCUUAGUUCAGAUGGCCCCCCCCAAAGACCCCUCCCUGGCUGUCUGACCGGGACCCUUCCUUGGACAGCUUCCUAUAUAGCUCACACAGAGGGAAGGGCAGAGAACAUGGUGUGUGUGUUUGACUGUGCACUAAUGUGCGUUUGGAGUCAGGGUUUAUAACAGGCAGACUUGCAGGCACCCAAAAUCUCAGCCUUCUUUAAAUUAAGGGGUAUUUUUACUGAGGGCCUAAUGAUAACCAGUUAGUCAGAAGCUGGAGUAGCUCAGUACCAGGGCAGGACUGAGGAAAUUAGAGGAAAUUGGUGGAUUUUGAAUUGGUCCAGAUCCUCUUAUAUCCAAUAAGCCCCUGUAGGACCAGAGACUAUCAAAGACCACCCCUAUAAUACAGAUGCCAUUGGUUCAGUCUGAGGGUUAGUUGAGCGUGAAGUGGUGUUGGUGCAUGGUAGAUCACAGGAGUUUCUCUCCUCCCCUCAGAGUCCAAAGGGCUGGGGGGAGGCUAGCUCUUGACCUCUGACCUCAGUGGCCGUCUUCUCUGGCCCCUUGCACAAUGGCUCCUUUAGCUGGGGUAGGAGAAGUAGGGCUUAAUGAAGGAAAAGAGACGCGCGCACACGCAGAAUCUAAAUGAUAAUGUUAAACCAGAUCAUAUUGAAUCCACAUUACAUUAUCUUCAUUAUGUGUCUUGCUGAAUAUACGGUGCAUUCGGAAAGUCUUCAGACCCCUUCCCUUUUUCAGUUACAGCCUUUUCUAAAAUGGAUUAAAUAAAUAAAAAUUCACAUCAAUCUACACACAAUACCCCAUAAUGACAAAGCAAAAACAGGUUGUUAGAAAUUUCUGCAAAUGUAUUAAAAAUAAAAAACAGAUUUGCAUAAGUAUUCAGACCCUUUGCUAUGAGACUCAAAAUUGAGCUCAGGUGCAUCCUGUUUCCAUUGAUCAUCCUUGAGAUGUUUCUACAACUUGUUUGGAGUCCACCUGUGGUAAAUUCAAUUGAUUGGACAUGAUUUGGAAGGCACACACCUGUCUAUAGGUCCCACAGUCUGACACAGUUCAUGUCAGAGCAAAAACCAAGCCAUGAGGUCGAAGGAAUUGUCCGUAGAGCUCCGAGACAGGAUAGUGUUGAGGCACAGAUCUGGGGAAGGGUACCAAAACAUUCCUGCAGCAUUGAAGGUCCCCAAGAACACAGUGGGCUCCAUUGUUCUUAAAUGGAAGACGUUUGGAAUCACCAAGACUCUUCUUAGAACUGGCCUCCCGGCCAAACUGAGCAAUCGGGAGAGAAGGGCCUUGUUCAGGGAGGUGACCAAGAACCCGAUGGUCACUCUGACAGAGCUCCAGAGUUCCUCUGUGGAGAUGGGAGAACCUUCCAAAAGGACAACAAUCUCUGCAGCACUCCACCAAUCAGGCCUUUAUGGUAGUGGCCAGACGGAAGCCACGUCUGGAGGAAACCUGGCACCAUCCCUGCGGUGAAGUAUGGUGGCGGCAGCAUCAUGCUGCGGGGAUGUUUUUCAGCGGCAGGGACUGGGAGACUAGUCAGGAUCGAGGGAAAGAUGAACGAAGCAAAGUACAGAGAGAUCCUUGAUGAAAACCUGCUCCAGAGCGCUCAGUACCUCAGACUGGGGCGAAGGUUCACCUUCCAACAGGACAACGACCCUAAGCACACAGCCAAGACAACGCAGGGAUAUACCUUCGGGACAAAUCUGAAUGUCCUUGAGUGGCCCAGCCAGAGCCCGGACUUGAACCCGAUCGAACAUCUCUGGAGAGACCUGAAAAUAGCUGUGCAGCAACACUCCCCAUCCAACCUGACAGAGCUUGAGAGGAUCUGCAGAGAAGAAUGGGAGAAACCCCCCAAAUACAGGUGUGCCAAGCUUGUAGCGUCAUACCCACGAAGACUCGAGGCUGUAAUCGCUGCCAAAGGUGCUUUAACAAAGUACUGAGUAAAGGGUCUGAAUACUUAUGUAAAUGUCAUAUUUCAGUUUUUUUUUUAUAUAUACAUUUGCAACAUUUUCAAAACCUGUUUUUGCUUUGUCAUUAUGGGGUAUUGUGUGUAGAUUGAUGAGGGGGGAAAACUAUUUAAUAAAUUUUAGAAUAAGGCUGUAAUGUAACAAAGUGGGGGGGAUGCUGUACCGUGUAUGUGUUGGAUACCAUACUGUUCAAUAGUACUGUUCCAUGUAAUCCAGAUCUUCUAUGGUCUGGUUGUGUUGGCUGUACUGUACAGAUGGUUGACCUGUUGUCACUAACCCCCUAUCUCCCCUCCUCUGUUACAGGUACUACUUCAAGAGGGUCAGUGAUGAGUUUAAGUGUGGAGCCGUGUUCGAGGAGGUGUGCGACGACAGCUCUGUUCUGCCCAGGUACCAAGGGAAGAUCUUGGGCAAGGUGGAGAGGAUGGACUGA